AUGGUUGGAAAGUGGCACAUGGGAGAAGAAGUCGACAAUCAACCUACCGGCUUCGACUACUGGUCCGUCCUCCCAGGCCAGGGCGAGUACUGGGACCCCGAGUUCAUCGAAUCCGACGGCGUUCACGUCAACCCCGGCUACGUGACCGACAUUAUCACCGACAAGUCUCUCGAUUUCAUAAAGUCGCGAGAUAAGAAGAAGCCGUUCUUUUUGAUGUGCCAUCACAAGGCGCCUCAUCGAUCGUGGGAGUGUGAUGAUAAACACAAGGAUCUAUACAAGGACCCCGUCCGACUUCCCGACACUUUUACCGAUGACUACAAAAACCGUGCUCGCGCGGCAAAGAUCGCCAAGAUGAGAGUGGCCGAGGAUCUCACAUACCAAGAUCUUGGACUCGUACAGCCUGACGGCGGAAGACGCGUGGGAGAACGAGUUCAACAAGAAAAGGGGGCGAGCGAGAGGAAGAUUCCCGCACCAACUAGCGAAGAAGACCUCAAAGCUCUCAAGCUGAUUGACAAGGAAGAUGGAACCGUCUUUCGCUUUCAGAGCUCUGGAGAGCUUGCAGAGUUCAAGUUCCAGCGUUACAUGCAACGGUACCUUCGCACUAUCCAGUCUAUCGAUGAUAGUGUUGGCCAAUUGCUGGACUACAUGGACAAGGACGAGCCGGAGCUUGCAAAGAACACCAUUGUCAUUUACACUUCUGACCAGGGUUUCUUCCUUGGUGAGCAUGGCUGGUUUGACAAGCGCUUCAUGUAUGAAGAGUCAUUCCAGAUGCCUUUCCUGAUCCGUUAUCCCCAAGAAAUCACCGCCGGAUCAGUUUGCAACGACAUUAUCUGCAAUGUUGACUUUGCUACUACAUGGCUCGACUUUGCCAACCUGCCUAUCCCCUCUUACAUGCAAGGCAAGUCUUUCAGAGCUCUACUACAAGGAAAGACACCCACGGACUGGCCCCAAGCUGCGUACCACCGAUACUGGAUGCACAACGACAUCAUCCACAACGCCUACGCACACUACGGUAUCCGUGAUCAGCGAUAUAAGCUGAUUUACUGGUACAAUGAAGCCCUGGGUAUCAAAGGUGCCCGACCGGGAGAUGAGGAGUAUAAGGAGUGGGAGCUAUUCGACUGUGAAAAGGACCCUCUGGAACUGUUCAACGUGUAUCAUGAGAAUGAGUACAAGGACGUAGUUAAGCAUAUGACGGCCUUGCUGGAGAAGAAGAUGGUGGAAAUUGGAGAUGAGCCGAGAGAUUUAAAACCCCAUCAUGGCUUGAAGUCGCAAUCCAGUUACGUCCUCGCGGCGCUGGCGGGCUUAGGCCUUGCCGAGUCCAAGAACUCUCCUAGAGAUCGGGCCAAGGCCCUUCUCAAGAAAAUGACUUGGGAGGAAAAGAUUGCGCAGAUGGGGAGUAUUCGACGGUUGUUGAGGCUUGGCCCAGAGGUUGAUGAGGAGAAUUUUGAGAAGAGGUAUCCUCUUCAACAUGGUACUAUUGGCUUUGGUCCCAUGUUUAACUGGAUCUUGGAUGCUCUCCCUCUUGUCAAUGAAGUCCGUGAGAGGGAGAUCAAGAACAGCCGUCUGCAUAUCCCAUUCAUUACUGUUACGGAUUCAGUCAACGGUCUCUUCAUCCCUGGUGGCACCGUCUUCCCUAGCAACUUGGCCAUGUCCUCGACCUUCAACUUUCCCCUGUUCAAGAACAUCACGGCCGCUAUCCGCGAAGAGCAGUUGUCUAUCGGAGUCAACUGGGUCUUGUCUCCUCCUCUGGAUAUUGCCUGGGAACCCCGAUAUGGCCGUAUUGGCGAACUCUAUGGAGAAGACUCGUACUUGACUGGUGAGUUUGGCCAUGCCUAUGUCCAGAUCAUGCAAGACAAGGACAAGGAUGGAAACAUCAAGGUGGCCUGCACUAUCAAGCACUUUGUCUACGGCGAGUCACGCGGUGGUGUAAACACCGCCAGUCAAUAUGGCGGCAUCAACCAUCUCUUUAACGACCAGCUACGUCCUUAUAUCCGCGCCUUGGAAGCAGACCCUGCUGCACUGAUGGUUUCGUACGCUUCUGUCGAUCUCAUCCCCAUGUCUAUGAAUGAGUACAUGAUUCAGGAUAUCCUCCGCGGUAAGCUUGGCUUUGAAGGAGUUGUCAUGUCUGACGCUGGCUCCAUCUCCAACAUGUACACGCAGUCUCGGGUUGCCACCUCAUAUGCAGAUGCUGGGCUUCAGGCUUUGAAGGCCGGUCUGCAGAUGGAGUUGAGCCCCGGUAAUCCGGCCGUGUUCCCCAAUCUCGUCAACAGCACCAAGGACAAGCAGGUCGCCAAGCUCAUCGACGAAGCUGCCCUCAACCUCCUCACCAUCAAGUUCGCAACCGGGCUCUUUGAUAACGACAUCCCAGAUGUUGAAAUCGCAAACAAGACUCUUCGACAGCCGGCCCACUUGGAACUCGCCCGUGAAGCAUGCAGAGAGGGCAUCGUUCUUCUCAAGAACGACGGCAUCCUCCCGCAGACUCCCAAGAAGGUAGCUCUGCUUGGUCCCUUUGGUGAACUCCUCAACUUCGGUUCUUAUGCCGCCAUCAACGCAUCGAACCCCAAAUGGGGUGAAUCUCUUCACGCUAGUUUGAAGUCGGCCCUCGGCGAGAAGAAUGUCAAGUUUGUUCCCGCCGUGGACCUGCUCGAUACUGCUGAUGAUAGUGGAAUUGCCGAUGCUGUUACCGCAGCCAAGGAAGCUGGCUUUGCUGUCCUUAUGCUCGGAUCUCUCUCGGCGCCAAUGGAGGACCCUCUCUUCAAGAAGCGAACUGAUGGCGAGUUCUUUGCUCAUGCUGACCUUGGUCUUCCUGGUCUUCAGCAACAACUCCUCGACGCCGUGCUUGACGCAAAGGUGCCUACCGUCCUCAUCCUCACCGGCGGCCAGCCCUUUGUCUUGAACAACUCGACACUCCGCUCCAACGCGAUUAUCCACUCUCUCCUCGGCGGCGAGUUCUCAAACUCCGCCCUUGUCGAGGUCAUCACCGGCAAGGUCAACCCAAGCGGAAAGCUCACCGUCAGCAUGCCGCAGCUCGAUGGUGCUGUGCCCGCCUUUUACGACUACCUCCCCUCGGAUGACGCAGGCGGUAGUCAAGAUCGACUGGGUUUCCACUCGGCGUACCAGUGGCCUGUGUUGCAAAAGGCCUCUCCUAUGCCGUUUGGCUUUGGCCUCAGCUACACAACCUUCGAUAUUUCGACUCCUACGGCCGAGUACAAGAACGGAGAGGUCCACAUCCGCGUUACCGUGAAGAACACAGGCAAGGUAGCCGGAAAGGAGGUCGUCCAGGUGUAUCACAGGCCCAACACCUCCGUGGGUCUCGAGUUCCCCGUGAGACGGCUCGUGAGGUUCGACAAGGUGGAUUUGCAAGCUGGCGAGAGCAAGGACGUCGAAUUUUCAAUUCUCAACAAGGACCUUGGAUACUAUGUCAAUGCUAAGCUCGUGGUUCGUGAGGGUCUCUACAACUUUUGGGCUGGUUCAAGCUCUAGGGUUGAGGAUCUCAAGGGGGUUAAUGUUACCGUGACACUUUAG